GCCUAUCGGAGCAGAAGCGGAGGAGGACUCGGCAGGAUGGCGGAGACGCACAGCUUGCAGGAUCUGAGGCAGCAGGCCACCGUCGCCUCCAAAGUCUUUAUUCAGCGCGACUACACGUCAGGAACCAUCUGCAAGUUCCAGACCAAGUUCCCCUCCGAGCUGGAGACCCGGAUGGAUAAGCAGCAGUUCGAUGAGACGAUCCAGACCCUGAACAAUCUGUACGCCGAGGCCGAGAAGCUGGGGGGGAAGUCGUACCUGGAGGGCUGCCUCGCCUGUCUCACCGCCUACACCAUCUUCCUCUGCAUGGAGACGCACUACGAAAAGGUGCUGAAAAAGAUCGCCAAGUACAUUCAGGAGCAGAACGAGAAGAUCUACGCCCCUCUGGGUCUGCUCCUCACCGACCCCAUCGAGAGAGGGCUCCGGGUCGUGGAGAUGACCGUAUUUGAGGACAGAAGUAUCGGCUCCAGAUAAAACACACCGAAGGGCGACUCGGACUCCCCGGUCUCGGUCCUGCUGGAUUCAGAAGUUUCUGGACGCUGCUCGUCACGGCUCUGGUCCUGAAUUCAGACCCCUCGUCCUGGUUCUUCUUCAUUUCGCUCUCUGAAUGGUUCCUGCUCCGUUUCGAACGAAGCUCGUCCGGCAGAGAGCAGCGCUGGCUCGGUUCUCCACCCUUAAUGAGCUCCGAUUACUGUCUUAAUUCCUGAAAAUCCUUUUAACCUCAUGUUUUAUACUCGACUCUCUCUCUGAGAUGAUGAUGAUUUUUGUUGUUGUUGUUCUGUUAUCCUGUGUGUGUAAAUAACGGUGUUGAGUGAGGAACAGGAACGUGUACAGUGUUGCUACACGGCUGCAGUGUUCACUGAGAUUCUGAUUCACUUCUGAUCUUUAGGAAAUCUUCUUUUGUUUAUUUUGACGUCCUGGUCUGUCUGGCUGGCUGGGUUGAUUUGAAUCAUGCUAACGCUUAACCUAAUCAGCUAGUGGAAAGUUGGAAUGCAUAACAUCACUACCUACCUGCCUUUAUAGCCUUAAAGGAAAAUCAUUUUUUUGUUUGUUUUGUUUGGUCGUAAAUACAGUCGAAGAUUCUGAAACUGUUCUGAUCGAUAGUUGUAGGUGUGGAGUAUUUCGGUGGAUUCCGAUACGAACGUUGGCGUCAUUUUGUACCAUGUACGAUGAUUGGAAACUGUAUUAUAGAGCAGAGAAAGACCACGUGACUUUUUGUAUUGGUGAGUUUUGGUAGGUUAUUAGACUCUACACUUUUGCCUUUGCUAACGUAGACUAGGAUGUAGUUAAUUACAUGGCAUUACAGCUUUUUAAUAAAAGUUUGAGUAAUUAACGUACUUCUUAGCUACUGUAGGCAUAACUAGGACUAAAAGGCGAUCAUCUUAUUGGUCAGUAGCAAAAGAAAAAUCUACCUUAAGUUCUACUUGUUUCCGUUUAUGGUCAUUUAAUCAGAAUUCGAGCUGAAUCGCGUUAUAGACGUGCAGUUUUGGUGGAGUUUAGUGGCACCUGGUGGUGAAGCGCUGGAACUGCAUGUAUAAAAAUUUUACACUAAUUAUACAGUAUAAUAAAUUGCCGCUUUCUGUCAGAAUUUUAUUCGAUUGUCUGGCUUUUGUAAACAUAACUAAGACUAAAAUGCGAUCGUUUGAUUGGUCAGUGGCAAAAAUGUUUCCCAAGUUCCUCUGGUUCUCUGUUUAUGGUCAUUAUAUCAUAAUAUGAGCUGUAAAACAGAAUCGACGUGCAGUUUUGAUGGAGUUUAGUGACACCUGGUGGUGAAGCGCUGGAACUGCAUGUCUAACAGUGCCACGUUGAUUUGAGUUCGAUCCGAUUACCUGGCCCUAAUAUUGCAAUAUAUCAUGUGAUUGUGUAUCGACACGUACUUAGUGACCAACGCUGAUCAGAUGAUGGAUUAAUUGAUUUGAUUGGUGAUCAUGUUCAGAGUGUCGGAUUGAAAACACUAACGCCCCCCCUCCCAGUAAAGACAGACCUGAUUCUGAUCUCGGUGCAGCCGGACUGUAACUGUGUGUAUGUGUGUAAACCUAAUUGUAUUUAAUCCAGCUCUUCAAAUCAAUAAUGUGUUUAUUAAAUGAUUAUUAUGGCCUCCAUGUAUCGAAAGUGACGCCGGAAAUCCCUCAGAGCACGUGUAUCUUAUCCCGCUGAGCACGGCCGCCAUUUAUGUCUCUGUCGUAUCAGAAUGAACGAGCGUCUUAUCUUCGAUCUGUAUCACUUUAUUUAAAAUGUGUAUCGUAAUAAAAUCUUCUCCUUCA